AUGGCAGAGAAGGAUUCGAGGAGGAUCUUCUACUUCAUGACGCUCAAUUUUGCAUUCAUGUUGGUUCAGGCAGGCUACGGAUAUGUUACAGACUCAUUGGGUCUACUCAGCGACAGCAUACAUAUGUUCUUCGAUUGCUUGGCGUUGGGGGUUGGGUUAUUUGCAGCAGUGGCUAGCAAGUGGCCUCCGAGUGAACGAUUUCCAUAUGGGUUUGGGAAAAUAGAGAGCUUGUCUGGAUUUGGGAAUGGGGUGUUUUUGAUGUUAAUAAGUGUCGAGAUUAUGAUCGAGGCGACAGAGCGACUUGCAGAUGGUCGAGAAACGAAGAGGCUGGCUGAACUAUUUGUGGUCAGCGCUCUUGGAUUAGCAGUCAAUUUGAUCGGGAUGGCCUGUUUUGGACACCAUGGGCAUGCAGGACACGACCAUGGCGGACACGAUCAUGGGCAUGACCAUGGACAUUCUCAUGAGAACGUAAACUCUCAUGAUCAUCACGGUCACGACCAUGACCAUGACCAUACCCAUGAGCACGAUCACGGGAACCAAACUCCCCUUUUAUCCGACGCUCCCCCAAAGGCCGUUUCCCUCGCAGGCCACAGCCACGGCCACGGACACUCUCACGAUAACGAGAACAUGCACGGUAUCUUCCUCCAUGUCCUCGCCGAUACCAUGGGUAGCGCAGCAGUAAUGGUCUCCACUGCCCUAAUCUACCUCAUCGGCUGGAAUGGUUGGGAUCCCCUCGCCUCCUGCGUCAUUGCGAUCCUAAUCUUCAUGUCCUCCAUCCCACUCAUCAAAUCUAGCGCCAAGAAACUCCUCCUCACUGUACCCGACGACGUCGAGUACAACCUGCGCGCAACGCUCGCGGGUGUCAGCGAUCUCCGCGGUGUGGCGAGUUAUACCGUGCCGCGGUUCUGGAUGGGUGAUGAGAACGAGGCUGAACGUGUGCUCGGUGUUAUGCAUAUUGUUGCUACCCGGGGUAGCGACAUUGAUGAUGUAAGAGAGAGGACGAGGGACUUUCUGGUGGGCAAGGGAGUCGACGUGGUGUUGCAAGUGGAGAGGGAUGGGGAUCUGAGUUGCUGGUGUGGACGGAGUGGCGAUAAACGUUCGCCAGCUACCCCGGGAUUUUAG